UUACAACUCACGUCGGCGUCGACUGAAUUGGAUCAGUGCUUCGUGAACGGUUCCACGUGGAAUGUGGUGAAACUUCUGGAAAAUUGGUCAACGGUUGGAAGUUCAAUAAGUGAAAGUGAUUUAAAAAUGAGUGCCUACAGUGAUCAAAACGGUGCAAAAGGGAACGGAUAUAUUAAUGGCAAUGGUCACCCCGAAGACCUGAAAAUAGCCAUCAUCGGACAGAGCAAUUUCGCUGCCGAAGUGUUGGAGGUACUGCUCGAGCAUCAUCACACCGUUGUCGGAGUGUUCACCAUUGCCGACAAGGGAAGCCGCGAGGAUAUUCUUGCCACGACUGCCCGGCAGCUCGGCAUUCCGGUUUUCAAAAUCUCGGCAUGGCGCCGCAAGGGUGUCCCCAUCCCGGAGGUGCUGGAGAAAUACCAAUCGGUCGGUGCGAACCUGAACGUGCUGCCGUUUUGCAGUCAGUUCAUUCCGAUGGAGGUGAUCGACGGGGCCAAGUUCGGCAGCGUUUGCUACCAUCCGUCGAUUCUGCCCAGGCAUCGUGGUGCGAGUGCCAUCUCGUGGACCUUGAUCGAUGGGGACAAUACGGCUGGGUUUUCGAUUUUCUGGGCUGAUGAUGGACUGGAUACGGGACCGAUUCUGCUGCAGAGGCAAUGUCCGGUAUUUAGUGACGAUACGCUGGAUUCGUUGUACAAAAGAUUUUUGUAUCCGGAAGGAAUCACAGCGAUGGUAGAGGCAGUGGAUAUGAUUGCGGAUGGGACUGCGCCGAAGAUUACACAGACGGAGAUCGGUGCCUCGUACGAUCCGGCGUUGUUCCGUGAGGAGAAUCAAUUUAUCAAUUUGAACCAACCAGCGGAGAAGAUUUUCAAUUUCAUCAGAGGGCUGGAUUCGGUUCCUGGAGCAUUGGCAGUGAUUAUCGGAGAUGAUGGAAGCGAAACUUCGGUGCGCUUGCAUGGUGCAUCACUGUGUGGUCCAGCCGUGCUGGAUAACGCAAAACCUGUAACGAUCAAAGGAGCCACGGGGCCAGCGUUUGUAGAUCGAGAAGGUGUUUUUAUCACCGGUUCUGACGGGCAGUUAGUUAAGGUGAAACGUUUGAAGAAGGGAAGCAAAAUGAUUCAGGCUAGUCAAUGGUUCAGCCAAGCGGGUAAGAAAAUUGUUCCGCUGGACUUGAAUGAGCGAGAAGUGGAGAUGGAAGGAAUUUUGAAAGGAAUUUGGAGAGCCAUUUUGAAAGUAGAGAUCGAAGCAGAAACAGAUUUUUUUGCUUGUGGAGCGGGAUCGAUGGAUGUCGUCCGACUAAUAGAGGAAGUAAAAGAUGCUUUGGAAAUCCCAUUAGAAAACGAAAAUCUUUUCAUGGCUCCAAGCUUUAUGGAAUUCUUGAACGAAGUCAUAAGUCGAACAAGAAAUGGAGUAAGUCAGGAGAGUUCAGGUCCAGAUUAUGAGUCCGUAAUCCUGAGAGAGAAUAAGAAGACAAUAUCUGUACCAGUACAAAUGUUUGUAAAUGGUCAGUUCAUAGAUGCAGAAAAUAAAAAGACCCUUGAUAUUAUUAACCCUACAAAUGAACAAUUAAUCUGCAAGGUGGCAGCUGCUUCCGCGUUGGAUGUAGAUUACGCUAUCAGAUGUGCGCAUGAAGCAUUCAAAGGUGUUUGGAGUCAGGUAUCUGCCAGAGAAAGAGGUCAAUUGAUGUACAAUCUGGCUAACCUUAUGGAACAGCACAAAGAAGAACUGGCAACGAUUGAAUCCAUUGACUCUGGUGCUGUCUAUACAUUGGCCUUGAAAACCCACGUCGGCAUGUCCAUAGAUGCGUGGCGUUAUUACGCCGGUUGGACGGACAAGAUCGAAGGAUCAACUAUUCCUGUAAACCCGGCGAAACCGAACAAUGUACUAACAUUCACCAAGCGGGAGCCUAUCGGUGUAUGCGGCUUGAUCACACCUUGGAAUUACCCGCUCAUGAUGCUUUCGUGGAAAAUGGCUGCCUGUAUUGCAGCCGGAAACACAGUAGUCAUCAAACCUGCACAGGUGUGUCCCUUAACAGCUUUGAAAUUCGCGGAGCUCACCGUAAAAGCAGGAUUUCCACCGGGUGUCAUCAACGUAGUUACGGGCUCUGGGUCAGUUACUGGACAAGCCAUUUCCGAGCAUCCCUUAGUACGCAAGCUCGGUUUUACCGGCUCAACACCGAUUGGAAAGAAAAUCAUGGCUGCCUGCGCUGAAUCAAAUAUUAAAAAGUGUUCCAUGGAACUCGGUGGCAAAAGCCCGCUGAUCAUUUUCGCUGAUUGUGACCUCGACAAAGCGGUUCGGUUGGGAAUGUCUUCCGUGUUCUUUAACAAAGGCGAAAACUGUAUAGCGGCAGGUCGGCUCUUUGUGGAGGACAAGAUUCACGAUGAAUUCGUACGCAAGGUCGUGAAAAAUAUCAAAACAAUGACGAUUGGUGAUCCACUCAAUCGAGGAACGGCACACGGUCCACAGAACCACAAGGCACACAUGGAUAAGCUGGUGGAAUAUUGCGAGAAUGGAGUCAGGGAAGGGGCAAAGCUUGUCUACGGGGGUAAACGAGUGCCAAACAUGAAAGGCUGGUUCUUCGAGCCUACUGUUUUCACCAAUGUUCAGGACCACAUGUUUAUAGCGAAAGAGGAAUCCUUUGGGCCAAUCAUGGUGAUUUCCAAAUUUCACAGCAGUGACUUCGAUGCGUUGGUUCAAAGAGCCAAUUCUACGGAAUAUGGACUGGCGAGCGGUGUAUUUACCAAAGACAUAAGGAAAGCUAUGCUGUUUGCAGAUAAAGUUGAAGCCGGUACUGUCUUCGUCAAUACGUACAAUAAAACGGACGUCGCUGCUCCAUUCGGAGGGUUCAAACAGAGUGGAUUUGGAAAGGACUUAGGAAAAGAAGCAUUAAACGAAUAUCUCAAAACCAAAUGUGUGACCAUCGAGUAUUGAGGACAUAGAUCCCUAUGGAUAGGUCGUCACUGCAGAACAUGUUUUGAUAUUGUAUCUUUAAGAAACUCGUGCAUUUAUUACAUUAAAACGCUACUUAGUUAAAUAAACAACAAAUAGUCAUAAUUUCACAUCAAA